AUGUCCGACAAGGCACUGAUCUAUCUUAAACUUGCUGGGCACAUUCUGACUACCUUGAACUACCUCCUGAGAACCUUCAUCUCAUCAAAGAUUAACCAUUGGACUUACGAGCCUGGAGACAACCCCAAAACAAUUGUUGUUAUCGGCGCAUCGUUCGCUGGCUACCACCUAGCGAAACAACUCGUCCAGACCAUCCCCAGUGGCUAUAGAGUGGUGCUGAUCGAAAAGAAUUCCCACUUUUUCUUCACAUGGAUCUUUCCACGAUCGACAGCCAUCCCCGACCACAUUCACAAAGCAUUCAUCCCGUAUCUUGAGCAGCCGCCAUGGAGCCCGAAAGGAGCAUACACAUUCAGAAAGGGUACUGUCAUCUCCAUUGACUCGAAGAAGGUCUUUCUGGAAGACGGGUCGGAGAUCGAAUACGAGUAUCUCGCUAUUGCAACUGGUUCCCAUGCGAGAUACCCAUCCAAGAUGCAGACGACUGAUAAACCAGACUGCAUCAAUUAUUUCCACGAUCAACAAGAGCGCAUCAGGAAAGCACAGAGUGUUAUAGUGGUCGGGGGCGGCGCGGCAGGCAUGGAGAUAGCCAGUGACACGAAGUCCAAAUACCCAGAAAAGGACGUGACUCUGAUCCAUUCCCGUGAUCGGCUCUUGAACCAGUUUGGACCUCUACUCCAUGCCAAAGCACAGGAGGCGCUUGAUACGCUAGGGGUCAAGACUUACCUCAACGAACGUGCCACCACUGGGAUUGAUGAAGAAUAUCCAAAGGAAGUCACACUCAAAAGUGGUCUCGUUCUGCAUUGUGACACGCUAGUCCGUUGUACGGGCCAGCAUCCACGUGGAGAUUUAAUCAAAGACUACUCUCCUGCAUCGAUCUCCCCUUCAGGCAAAAUCCUUGUUGACAAGGACAUGAGGCUGGCCAGCUCGCCGAACCCCAAUAUCUUCGCUGCCGGCGAUGUAGUCGACACUCCAGGUCCGAGCUUGGGACGAGCGGCCGCAAACCAUGGCAUUUUCGUGGCGGAGAACAUUAUACGCGCCAUAAAGGGCAAGGCCUUGAAGCCGUUCAAGCCAGGAAUGUUCGACUGGUCAAUCGUAUUGACGCUUGGUCUGGCAAAAGAAGCAUCCUAUAUGAGCGACGGGGUGAGAGAAAUCGCUUUUGUGCAUAAAUCGCACCACGGAGAUCUUGGGGCGAGUCGUGUGUGGCAGAUGUUCGGUGUUAAGCCAUUCGAAGAUCCUAACGACAGUGACGAAAGUAAGGCUGUUGAAGCUUAG